UUUACUUUUGUCCCAGCGCCGCCUGGUACAAUCAGGGCCACGGCAGCAGCUCAUCGCUCGCCUCCAAGCGAACGAUUCUCAGGACUCCACAUCGCCACCUACCGACCCAGCGACCAUACCGGAUCAGCAGUUGGCCUCCAUGAUUGCUUCUAUCGUGGAGCAAAAACUGGCAACCUUAAACUCCGCGAUCAACUCGCUGUCGACCUCAACAUCUGGCGUCGUUUAGCCAUCUGCCCAACAAUCCGCUCAGCAACAUUUGCUUUCGUUACAAGCCUCGUACCAGAUCCCUCUCUCCCACCGGUCGGCAAUGGCGGACAACAACAGAUUCCGUCCUCUCUGGAUUUCUCGCUGUCCUCCUCUCAGCAAGAUUUGAAUCUCGGAACACGGGAAGACGCAGCCCUCCUGCACACCAACCACAAAGUCCCUUCUAUCGCCAGCCAUCUCUCCAACAGCUGCAUCGCAGCCAUAACAAACGGUGA